AUGAUUUUCUCAUCAUCCGAGAAUGCUGAAUGCUUGUGCCAUUCUUCUCACACAAAUCAAGUCAUCAUUGAUCUCGACUCUAAUUUUAUAAUUUAUGCACAACCACUCACUGAAGUGAAUUCAUUGUUGAAAUCCAAAAUGAUGCAUGUUCGAGGAAAAACAAAACCCUUUUCGAUGUUUUUUAAAGUCACUCAUAUCUUUGGAAAUUAUUCCGAUGAAGAAGAAGAACAAGAUGAUCAAGAAGGUUUUAUAAAUUUGAAAUCUCCUCAAGAUGUAAAAAUUUCAUAUUCUCUCGGAUUAAUAUUGAUCAGCGACACUUUCAACGAUUGUAUUCAGAUCUUUCAUUUACAUUCAAAAAUGCACUUGACAUGUAUUAAUUCUCUCAUGUUACAAAUGAAACAACCAAGUGUUAUGUGUAUUGAGGAAGAAGUGAAUGAUGACAAGAACUGUUCUACAUUUUGUCAUUUAAUUGUGUCAAGUAUCAAGAAUGGUCAAAAAGGUGUUUAUAAAUAUGAUUUAACCACAUUAUUAUCAAGUGCAAGGAAUUAUGAACAGGUUGAGUCAAGAAAGAAAAGAACGAAAAGCACGAAUACAAAACAGUCCUUCUUAUGGAAAGCAUCAAGCACUUCAAAUCUUGGAGGGAUUGCACUCUUAAAGAAGGAUGUUUUAAAGAAUUCUAAUGUUGCUGCUACUUACAAUUAUAUCUAUGUAUGUGAUACCAAUAGAGACAAUAUUCACAUUUUGAACUCAACUUCUGGACAAAUCAUUCAAAGUAUUUCUGUUAAAUUUCCAUUAUCAGUGACUUUUACACAGAGUAAUUACUUGAACGAAAUUCAAAGCGAUUCACCCUUAUCAAUGUUGGUCCUUAGUGACAAGAAGAUUGAAAGAUUUGAAAUGGUGAUGACCCAAUCGAAAAAUGGUUCAAAAAGUUUUGAAGAACAUGACGUUGAAUGGAAAAAGAUCAUGAGCUUUGAUGCCUUUCCAACUCGUUAUUAUUUUCACUCAACAUGUAUUGUGUAUGAUCCAUUAAUGAAAUGCGUUAUAUUUGGUAACACGCAAAUUCGAAUUUUCAAUCUGCAAGGGAAUUGUGAAAAGUCAAGCGACAACUUUAAAAUGUUGAGUGAACAUGGAGAUGUUCUUUUGGGGCCUUUUGAAUGGAUACAUGGAAUGGUAUUGAACGAGCUCAGUGGGGAGUUACUGGUAUGUGAUUUAGGAAAUAAAUUGGUACUGGUGUUGGAAUAA